AUGUUACGCUCCUCAUCACAGUUUAAUCAGUUCUUUAUGGAUUAUAUGCAUAAUAAUGAUGUUUUCCAGAAGCAAAGCAAGAUGAUUCAGAAGCCUCAUCUGAACAUUGCUUGGAAGCCUCCAGUUCAUAGUUAUCUCAAGUUGAACACGGAUGGGUCAUCGAAGGCUAAAGACAAAACAAGUGAAGGUGGAGUGAUUAGGCGAACAGAUGGCUCGUGGUUUAUGAGUUUCUCCAUUAAGUUUGCUGCCAUCAAUCCAGCUGCAGCCGAGUUGGCUACUAUCGAAGAGGGCCUCUCAAUGGCUAAGGACCAUAACAUCACCAGACUAGAGGUUGAAACAGAUACACAAGCACUGAAGAUUAUGAUGGAAAGGGCAAAUAAAUAUCCUCAUCACCAACUGAAUGCAAUCAUCUGUGAUAUAGUGAAGCUCCCGAAAACAAACUGGGUGGUAAUUUUCUUACACGCGAAACGUGAUGCCAAUAUUGUAGCCCAUAAAUUGGCAAGACUAGGAAUGGACAUGGAGGAAGAAAAAAUUACCCACACCACUCCCCCUCAAUGCAUUGUGGAGGACCAUAUGCAAUAG